AUGCGGUUCCCACCCGUCAUCCUGGCCCUGAUAUCGCUCUUCGCCUUCAGAGUCCUCGCAGACACCGUCCCCACCGACCAUCUCGAACCGCAACUGUCUGACCUCUUCGGCAAUAAUACAGAGGGGCUGGCCUCUGACGGGCAUACGAACAACUGGGCGGUGCUAGUAUGCAGCUCUCGGUACUGGUUCAACUACCGACACAUGGCAAACACCCUAGCAAUGUAUCGCACCCUGAAGCGGCUCGGCAUGCCCGACAGCAACAUCAUCCUCAUGCUUGCUGAUGAUGUGGCUUGCAAUGCGCGCAAUCCCUAUCCGGCGACAGUCUACGCGAAUGCGGGGAAAGCGCUGGAUCUGUAUGGAGAAGGGAUUGAGGUGGAUUAUAAGGGUUAUGAAGUGACGGUGGAGAGCUUCCUGAGGCUGCUCACUGGCCGACAUGACCCCUCCACACCUCGCUCAAAGCGUCUACUCAGUGAUGCCUCCUCGAACGUCUUCAUCUACAUGACAGGUCAUGGUGGAAACGAGUUCCUUAAAUUUCAAGAUAACGAGGAGGUUUCGGCGUAUGAUGUCGCGGAUGCUGUGGAACAGAUGUGGGAGAAGAAGAGAUAUAAUAAGCUCCUCUAUGUGAUCGAUACAUGUCAAGCAAAUACCAUGUACUCGAAAUUCUACUCGCCCGAGAUCAUCGCCACCGGUUCUUCCGCACUCGGCGAGAGCUCUUACUCUCACCACAACGACCACGAUAUUGGUGUAGCCGUAAUCGAUGGUUUCACACAUUUCAUCCUUCAGUUCUUUGAGAGCCUUGGAAAAACUUCAAGGACCACUCUGCGCCAACUUUUUGACACAUACGACCCAGCCAGAAUCUUCUCCCACCCCGGAAUCUCAACUGAGCUAUCCACCUCUCCUCCCGAGGACAUUCUCAUCACCGACUUCUUUGGCGCCGUCGCUCGGGUGGAGGUGUUGCCGUCCAGCGCGGAACUGGACUUGGAAAGCCAGGCUGCCCUGAGGAGUCGGGAAGGGAGUGGGUGGGAUGUUGCGCCUUUGGGGAUUGGGGAAGGACAAGGGAGAAAGCAUGGCAGGGAGGGGCAGAGGAGAUCAGGUAGUGUGCUGCCUAGGCGGAAAGAGAAGGAUGGGCAGUCGGCGUGGAAUGGGCCGCUAACGGGGCGGGUUAAUGGAUGGUGGUGA